AUGGAUCCACAGAGCCGGGCACUCGGGGAUACACCGGGACACUGUGCUAUGGGGGCGGCCGGCAAUUGGUGGAGAAAAGGGGGCGUGUCCUCACGAGCCUUUUCAGGUCAUCUGCUUCCUCAUUGGCUGCAGGAUUUGGCGCUGAAAACCGGAUUUGGAUUCAGCCAAUCACAGAGGAGCUCCCCCUGCGCCACCCGGGUAUAAGAGGUGACGGGCGGAGCGGGGCUGUCAGUCUCAUCUGUACAGAGCAGAGAACGAUGUCUGGACGCGGCAAACAAGGAGGCAAAGUGCGGGCUAAGGCCAAGACCCGCUCAUCCCGGGCAGGGCUCCAGUUCCCGGUCGGCCGUGUGCACAGGCUCCUCCGCAAGGGCAACUACGCCCAGAGGGUGGGCGCCGGCGCUCCCGUCUACUUGGCCGCUGUGCUCGAGUAUCUCACCGCCGAGAUCCUGGAGCUGGCCGGCAAUGCCGCCCGCGACAACAAGAAGACCCGCAUCAUCCCCCGUCACCUGCAGCUGGCCGUGCGCAACGACGAGGAGCUCAACAAGCUGCUGGGCGGCGUCACCAUCGCCCAGGGAGGCGUCCUGCCCAACAUCCAGGCCGUGCUGCUGCCCAAGAAGACCGAGAGCAGCAAGCCGGCCAAGAGCAAGUGAGCCCGGCUCUGCCCCGCCCCGAACCAAAGGCUCUUCUAAGAGCCGCCCACAUGGUCUGUACGACUGAGCUGGCGAUGCCGCUGAUCUCCGCUGUGGAGGCGUCACACAGGGGCACUUACCGCUCCUGACCAGAGAUGGGAAGUUUUACAUGAAUGGAGUCUUUGGCUUCAGUUGCUGACUCGGGCUGACCAGUGACCCGGAGCCGGAUAGGUAAUAAGUGUUAGACCAGUGGUGCCCUGACGGAGGACUAGAGGGGGAGCUGGGGGCACUGGUCUGGGCAUUAUACUGAGUGGGGGGCACUGCUGGAGGCGUCCUAUUAUAUGGACAGCACUGGGAGGGCUUUAUACCGCUGCAGCCUGCUCCUAGACUCCGUGUGCUGCUCUAGUGACUCAGAGAAUAGGAGGAGUCUAUAAGUCAGUAGGAUGAUGGGAUUCUUAGC